AUGUGUCGCAACACGGCGUGGCUCGAAGCUUCCAAGGCCUACACGGUGGCAAGCUUCACCAUGAUUCUCAAAAUGACAGCCCUCCCAUCCUCGCUCAAGUUCCUCGUUCCCUGGUUCUCCUCCGAGGCGAAGAACGUCUUCAAACAUGGAGACACAUGCCGCGCAAUCCUCACACCUCUUCUCGCCGAGCGUCGAGCUCUAAAAGCCGAAGCUAGGAGAAACGGCAAACCGGAACCUGUCUUCAACGACAUGAUCGAUUGGUUCGAACUGAAGAGCGGAGGAAAAGGGUACGAUCCAGCUCUGUUCCAGAUUGCGCUAUCUUUCGUAGCGAUACAUACGACCAGUGAGCUGCUAACGCAUGCUAUAACCUUGCUGGCGAACGAACCACACUACGUUGCGGCAUUAAGGGAAGAAAUCGUGAGGGUACUGACAGCCGACGGGCUGACCAAAGCGGCGCUCGCAAACCUCACGUUGAUGGACAGCGCGUUGAAGGAGUCGCAGCGGUAUAGGCCCGCUGCAUUCCUAACAAUGCGCCGUCAAGCCCGACGCACCGUCGUCCUCCCUAACGGCCUCAACAUCAAAAAAGGCGAGCAAAUCGCCGUGGACGGCUUCAACAUGUCAGAUCCCAAAGUCUACACCGACCCACACAAAUACGACAUAUACCGCUACCAGCGCAUGCGCGCCAGCACCGACCGCGCCACAGUCAGCCAGUCGCAUCUCGUUUCCACCGGUCCCAACAACCUGUCAUUCGGACAUGGCGCACAAGGCUGCCCCGGCAGGUUCUUCGCUGCGAAUGAGAUGAAGAUUGCCCUGUGCCAUUUGCUGCUCAAGUACGAUUGGCAGUUGGCGGAGGGGACGGAUCUGGAAUCGAGGUUCUUGUUUGGCGAGACGGAGGCGCUGAGUAAGGGGAAUAGGCUGAGGUUUAGACGGAGGAGGGAGGAGAUUGAUUUGGAGGGGUUGGGGUAUGUGUGA